AUGCUUUCCUCAACAUUCAGAUUAUUGAUACUUUGGACAUUAUUUGCGUUACCUAUCAUCAUCAAUAUUAAUAUCACUCACGCACGGAUUCAACCGCCUGGAAUUCCUGCAAUCUUCUGUGUUAGCAGCAAAGGUAACUACACCACUAACAGUACCUACCAGCAAAACCUUAAUGACCUCCUCUCAUCAUUGCUUUCUAACAGCAACGGCUACGGGUUCUACAACUCCUCCCGUGGCCAAAACUCCGAGACAGUUUACGCAAUCGGGCUUUGUAGAGGAGAUGCUAAGUCCGAUGUUUGCGGUAAAUGCCUUAGUGACGCCGCCUAUGUUCUCCCGGAGGCUUGUCCUAAUCAGAAGGAGGCAAUUGGAUUUUACAGACGUUGUAUGUUACGCUACUCAAACCGCCCCAUGUUUGGUUUAGUGGAAGUUAAUCCUGCUUUCUCUGUGAGGAAAGUAAAAAACUUAUCAUCUACAAACUUGGAUGCGUUUAAUCGAGAGGUCUCUGCCUUAUUAAAUGCACUAACAAGCGAAGCUGCUGGGCGUGGUGAUCUUCUUAAGUUUGCAGUAGGAAAUGCAAGUGUCGGCGCAAAUUCUAAUGUAACAAUCCAUGGACUUGCUCAGUGCACUCCAGAGUUGUCAGAGAUAGAGUGUACUAAUUGCUUUAAUGUUUCGUUGGGGGCUAUCCGAACAUGUUGUAGUGGAUCAAUGGGUGCGAGAGUCGCCACACCUAGCUGUACCAUAAGGUAUGAGUCUCACCCCUUCUUUUACAGUACAACUCAGAUACCAUGGCCCCUUGCAACACCGGCCUCUGCUUCUCCUCCGCCACCACCUGCCAAUCACACGGUUCCAAGAGGAAAGAAGAGUAAUAUAUCUCGGACUGUCAUCAUUACUGUUGUGGUACUUGUCGUUUCUUUGUUUCUAAUUAUAUCCAUAUGCAUUUUUCUGAGAGUGAAGAAGAGAAGGGAAAAACUUGAAGGUAAAAUUGCCACAAAUAACUUUUGUGAAGGAAAUAAGCUUGGACGUGGUGGAUUUGGUGCUGUUUACAGGGGUAGGCUCUUGAAUGAAGAAGAUAUAGCAGUUAAAAGGCUUUCUAGAGAUUCUGCACAAGGGGACAUAGAAUUUAGAAAUGAGGUCGCAUUAGUAGCCAAGCUUCAACAUCGAAAUUUAGUUAGACUCCUUGGUUUCUGCCUGGAAGGAAAUGAAAGACUUCUUGUGUAUGAGUUUGUCCAUAAUGCAAGUCUCGACCAAUUCAUAUUUGAUCCAAUCAAGCGUGCACAAUUAGACUGGGAUAGGCGCUACAAAAUCAUAGUAGGCAUUGGGCGAGGACUUGUUUACCUUCAUGAGGACUCUCGUCUUAGAGUCAUUCAUCGUGACCUCAAAGCUGGUAACAUUUUGUUAGAUGCUGAAAUGAAUCCUAAAAUUGCAGAUUUUGGCAUGGCGAGAUUGUUCGUGCUUGAUCAAACAGAAGGGGAAACCAAUCGAAUUGUGGGGACAUACGGAUAUAUGGCUCCAGAGUAUGCGAUGCAUGGACAGUUUUCUGUGAAGUCUGAUGUUUAUAGCUUUGGUGUGUUACUUUUAGAGAUAGUAAGCGGACAUAAGAAUAGUGCUUUAUGCCACAGAGGGGAUGUGAAUCUUUUAAACUGUGUAUGGAAAAGUUGGAAGGAAGGGGUGAAAACUUCAAAUUUAAUAGAUCCCACCUUGAAGACUGGUUUAACAACUGAAAUAAUGAGAUGCAUCCACAUUGGAUUACUAUGCGUGCAACCGAAUAUAAUUGAGAGGCCAACCAUGGCUUCAGUUGUUCUUAUGCUUACUAGCAACUCUCUCACUCUCCCAGUACCCUCGCAACCAUUUUCUGUGAUUCAGCCGGAAACACCAACAAAGGUUAUUCGGUCAAAUCCUUCCCAAAACAACUCUGUCCAAAAAUCAGUAAAUGAGGCUUCAUUCACCGAACUAUUUCCUCGUUAG